GUGACACCAUAAGUCGAGACAAGAGGACAUGGCCUGGCUACUGAACAAUGAAAGAUUCCUUGAUAUUCUAGCCAAUUCGUUUGACUAGAAAACAGGAAAAUUUACCCCUUUUAAGGUGGUAGAGGUUGCAAAAUUAAAGAAGGCAUCUGUUUUUUCCGCAUAAACAUUUUGUUUUCAGAUUUGCAUAAACAGAAUUCACUUCAAAGUUAGAAAUUAUUGCACAGAACCUGCUCUAUCAUUCACAUAACAUAAGAAUUCUGGAGGGGUUUUCUGCUCUCAUAGCAAAACUGUCAGAAGCCUCAAAAGGGGAUUUGCUUAUCAUAGUUAUUCUUGCAACAUAGGAUAUGGCAGCAGAACCUGUUAAUGUCAAUGGAUUUCAAGAAUUAGCGAGGCAAGCCCUUCCAAAAAUGUACUAUGAUUUCUUCGCUGGAGGAGCAGAGGAUCAAUAUACCUUAAAAGAGAAUGAGGAAGCAUUUCAUAGAAUCACUAUUCAGCCUAGAAUUCUUCUGGAUGUGAGCAGCAUUGAUUUAUCAACUACGGUAUUAGGUUACAAUAUCUCAAUGCCAAUUAUGAUUGCUCCAACUGCUAGGCAUAAGCUGGCAAACCCUUCAGGAGAGAUUGCCACCGCCAGAGCAGCAUCUGCAUGUAACACGAUAAUGGUUCUAUCUAUUUCAUCUACCUGUACUUUGGAGGAAGUAGCUGCCUGCUGCAAUGCUGUUCACUUCUUCCAGUUAUAUGUGUAUAAGAGGCGGGAUAUAUCAGCUAAGCUGGUGCAAAGAGCUGAAAAUAAUGGAUAUAAGGCUAUUGUCCUAACCGGUGAUUCUCCAAGACAUGGUCGCAGGGAGGCAGACAUUAAGAACAAGAUCAUUGUGCCUGAACUGAAGAACCUUGAGGGUCUAUUAUCAACUAAAAUUGUCACUGAUGGAGGUUCAAAUCUAGAUGCUCUGGCCAAUUGGACCCGUGAUCCUUCUUUUUGUUGGGAGGACAUCGGAUGGUUGAAAUCUAUUACAAAAUUGCCAAUUCUGAUCAAAGGGGUACUCACUCAAGAAGAUGCAAUGAAGGCGCUGGAAGUCGGUGUUGAUGCGAUUAUUGUCUCCAAUCACGGAGCUCGCCAGCUGGAUUAUAGUCCUCCCACGAUAUCUGUUCUGGAAGAGGUGGUUCAUGCUGUUGAUGGAAAAGUUCCAGUUUUCCUUGAUGGAGGAGUGCGGCGAGGAACAGAUAUUUUCAAGGCAAUGGCUCUUGGUGCUCAAGCUGUCCUAGUUGGAAGGCCAGUUAUCUAUGGACUUGCAGCCAAGGGGGAAUACGGAGUCAGACGAGUCCUUGAAAUGCUUAAGGAUGAGCUUGAACUUGCUAUGUCCCUUUCUGGUUGUUCUAGUGUGAAGGAAAUUACCAGGAGUCAUGUCAGAACCAAACAUGAUCACCUCCUCUCAAUGCUUUAGUACUCAUCCAGAAGAAACAAAUGUCCUACGCAUGGACAGUGCCAAUAAUUUUUAUCAGGCAUCAAAUAAGUGGAAUCCUUGUCUUAACAAGGUUGCUACUAAGAAUGAAAACAUUGUAGUCUACUCAUUCCUCAAGUGGAAGGACGCCAUAGAUCCAUUUCUAACAUUAUUUUGUUUGAGACUAUUGACUAUUCAUAAAUGAUACGAGAUAUAUUAAAUAAUAAUUUUAUAAUA